UUGUUAAUCAAGUUUGCAAAUUUUAUUAUAUUUUUGUAGAUGAUAAGUUUGAAACAACUUUAGUUACAAUAGGAAACAAACUUUCAGAGAUUUUCGGUUAUGAGAAUCAUACUCAACUUUGAAUUUCGUAAAUGCUAAGUAUCCCUCUAUAAAUACAUUAUCUUCCCCACUUUGCUCUUCCCAAUUAUCUUUGGUUUGCUUUAUUUAGUGAAAAAUCAGAGGAUUGUUUUCAACUCAAAAUCAGUCAUAGGUCAGUGGAAGUCAGUGAAAUCAGUAUCAAACGAAGAUCAGAAACCAAACCCAAGUUAAAAAAGAGAUGGAGAUUCAACCUGAGAAGCGUGAUUCAGCACCAUCAAAUGAUGAUUUUUUGAACGAUUGGCUUCCCAUUACUAAAUCCAGAAACGCUAAAUGGUGGUACUCUGCUUUUCACAAUGUCACCGCCAUGGUUGGAGCUGGUGUUUUGGGUCUCCCUUAUGCUUGUUCUUUACUUGGAUGGGGACCUGGAGUUGCUAUAAUGGUAUUGUCAUGGGUUAUCACUUUAUAUACACUAUGGCAAAUGGUUGAGAUGCAUGAAAUGGUUCCUGGAAAGCGUUUUGACCGGUAUCAUGAGUUGGGCCAGCAUGCGUUCGGAGAAAAGCUUGGGCUUUGGGUUGUGGUGCCCUUGCAACUGAUGUGUGAAGUCGGUGUUGACAUCGUUUAUGUUGUUACCGGGGGGACAUCGAUAAAGAAGAUUUACAACACGUUGUACCCUGAUGGCAAAGAGAUUCGAUCAACAUGGUUUUACGUGGCGUUCGGAGCGCUUCACAUUUUCCUCUCCCAUCUCCCCAGUUUCAAUUCCAUCACUGCCAUCUCCUUUUUUGCUUCUUUGAUGUCUCUAAGCUAUUCAACCAUUGCUUGGGUAGCUUCAGUUCGAAAAGGGGUUCAGCCAACCGUGAGUUAUGGUCCGAGGAGUGCUACACCAAAGGCCCAACUGUUUGAUUUCUUCAGUGGAUUGGGAGAUGUAGCUUUUGCUUUUGCCGGUCAUAAUGUGGUGUUGGAGAUACAAGCAACGAUCCCAUCGACACCCGGAAAGCCAUCCAAAGGACCAAUGUGGAAAGGGGUAGUUAUAGCUUAUCUCGUUGUCGCAGCAUGUUAUUUUCCGGUUGCCUUUUGCGGUUACUUGGUGUUUGGAAACCAAGUCGAGGACAACGUCCUAGUUUCGCUAGAAAAACCGGCUUACCUCAUUGUAGCAGCCAAUGCAUUCGUUCUCGUUCAUGUCAUUGGAAGUUACCAAGUCUUUGCGAUGCCAGUUUUUGACAUGAUGGAAUCAUUUCUGGUGAAACAAAUGCAUUUCAAGCCAAGUUUGAUGCUUCGGACCAUUACAAGAACUUCUUACGUUUUAUUUACAAUGCUCGUAGCAAUAACGUUACCUUUCUUUGGUGGGUUACUAAGUUUCCUUGGAGGAUUUUCUUUUGCCCCAACAUCUUACUACAUCCCUUGCAUCAUAUGGCUUAUUAUCUAUAAACCAAAGAGAUUCAGCUUGUCAUGGUUCGCAAACUAUAUUUGCAUUGGUAUUGGGGUGAUUUUGACGAUUUUGGGACCAAUAGGAGGAAUGAUUUCUCUCAUUCAUUCAUCGCAGACCUUCAAAUUUUUCUCUUAGAUUAUGUUUGUUACCUUCAUAUUGUACACUUAGAUUAUGUUUGUUUGGUCGUUGGGUUUUUCUUUUUACAUUCAAACCCUUCCCUUUCUUUUUUUUUUCUUUUUUUUCUUUUUUAAUAUUAUUGCUACAGACCUUUGUUUAGGAAUUUUUAUGCAUAAAUAAAACUGGUUUUCUUUUUAUAUUGUGUUUAUUUAUUAUAUUUUAUUGUGUACCAAAAUAUAUAUUAUGUUCUCUAUCAAAGUUUUGAUUAUGUUUGAGGCUUUACAGGUGUUUAAAAUAAUAGUUUAACAAUUUUACUAAAAUUCUACUAAAUAUUUAAGGUUUCUAGAGAUAAUUUUAUGGGAUAAUGAACUUUGUAAUAAAAGAAGU